GCUCCAUUGGCCGCUCCCGUCACGUGUGCGCCCCGUUCCCGGGGGCGGUGGCGGCCCCGGGGAAAGUUCCCGGCGGGACGCGGCGGGCGCAGGUGGCUCCGGGCUGUCCUCAUGGCGGAGAAAUCGGACUCCCGAGACUCAGAGAGCAGCUGGGUGCUGGCGGGCAGCGAGGGUCUGCCCAUUGACGCAGUGGGUCCAGAGCAGGAUUCCCACAGGACUGAGGAUGAGGAACUGCAGGAGGAGGAGGAGGAUGAAGGCACCCAGGGCACAGCCACAGCCAUGACCACCAAUGGUGCCACCACCUUCCCUGGCCAGACCCUGUCCCCCGAGGUCAGCGGGUGGAGUGUGAGCCAGGAUGGGGGGCCUGGGGGGCUGCUCCCCCCACGGGGACACCCCACACACCAGCACCUGUGCCUGCAGGACCCAGAGGAGUGCACGGAGCCCGGGGCAUGGGCAGUGCCUGCCCCAGAUGGCUCCACGGAGCCCAGUGUGACUGAGGGUGAUGAGCAGGAGGAGCCUGAUGCUGAGGCUGAGCCACAGUCCUGCCCUGGCACCCCUAGAGCAGGUCAGGACCUCACAGGGCAGUGCUCAGAGGUAGACCCUCCCUGGAGGUCUCCCCAUCCCCCAUCAGGGCCACAGACAGAGGACGGGAGCUGCACCAGCAGUGACAAUGACACAGAGGGGCUGCGGCGGCGGCAGGGCCACAAGCCCCGUCCUGGACCCCCUACUGCCACGCACGCCCUGCACCGGAGGACACCGGACACUGGUGACGAGGAUGGGCUCAGCAUGAGCAAGUACCUGCUGGGCAUCUUGGCACUGGUGGCUGUGGGGGUGCUGAUCAUCACUGGUGGCAUCUACGACCCAGUGGAUGGCCCUGUGGAAAGCGUGGGGAGCUGGGACUUGGCUGCUGGAGAGCAGGAGUCACUGCUGUCCACUGACAGCAAUGACUCACAGCAGAAGCCGCCUCUGCCAGAUGCUGGGGACCCCCAGAGCAUUCAGUCCAUGAGCCAACUCCUGGACAAGCUGGCCAAGGAAAACCAGGAGAUCCGGCUCAUGCAGGCAGAGCUGCAGGCGCACAAGGAUGAGCUGCGGGCACUGCUGCAGAGGAGCGAGGGCCAGGCAGCUGCAGCGGGGGCGCAGCAGCAGGGCCUGGCCAAGGAGAACGCGCGGCUGCGCGCGGCACUGGAGCGGGAGGUCAGUGCGCUGCAGGACGCCCGGGCUGAGCUGCAGCGCCUGCAGGCCACGGGGACACCGAGCAGCCCCAGGGGGCCAGCAGCAGAGCAGCCCCAUGCCACAGGUGUCCCAGCGCACGGCAAGGCCACGGCACGAUGGCACGGUGAGCUGGAUGUGCUGCGGCAGGAGCUGGCGGACACCCUGAAGCGUGUGCGGGGCUCUGGGGAUCUCCAGGGGCUUGUGGAGGAACUGAGCGCCCUGGAGCAGCGCCUGGGCCAGGUGCUAGAGGCGGAGGGGGCCGGGUCCUUCCCCACACCCUGGAAGAAGCCGUUCAAGGUGGAGAAGGAGAGCAAGUGGCACAAGCAGCACAGUGCCAGGGGCACCCCGCAUGAGCAGGAGAGAAGGAAGCAUGGCAAACCCCAGGGGCACAGGAAGGACCCCCGGCCCCCCCGGGAACACAAGCCAGGCAAAGGCUGGGGGAAGCCAUCUCACAGCCACCCCCAGCAAGGCUCCCGUGAGCUGCGCCUGCUCAAGCGGUACCGGGCACCACAGGGCUGCUCAGGGGUGGCUGACUGCGCCCGCAAGGAGGGUCGGGAGGUGCUGGGGGCUGUGCUGGAGCCAGUGCAGAAGGCGCAGUUCCUGCGGCUGCUGGAGAGCUUCAUGGGGCGCCUGGGCUUGGGGGGGCACUUUGUGGGGCUGGCAGCACGGCUGGAUGGGGUCUUUGGGGCUGACGGGGUCUUUGCCCACGACCGCCUGCGGUUCGUUGACUUCGUGGAUGAUGUGGAAGAGCUGCUGGAGGAGGUGGCGUGGCAGGAGGGGGGUGACAAGAAAGCGGCCGAUGGCUUCGAGGAGUACGUGCUGCGGCACUACAGCGGGCUGGGCCCCGACGUCUGCACCAUCCUGCGCCUCUCCGGGCCCCUCAAGGAGCAGUACGCCAAGGAACAUGGCCUCAAUUUCCAGCGGCUCCUGGAUGCCAGUGCCUACAAGGAGAUGUUCCGACAGGACAUGAUCCACUGGGGCGAGGAGAAGCGCCGUGCCGACCCUGGCUUCUUCUGCCGGGCAGCGGUGGAGGGGGCAGUGCACCCGGUGUGGGUGGUGAGUGACACACGGCGCCUCUCGGAUGUGGAGUGGUUCCGGGACGUCUAUGGGGACGUGGUACAGACCGUGCGGGUGGUGGCUACCGAGGAGACAAGGAAGAGGAGGAACUGGGUCUUCGUCACUGCUCUGCUGCUGCCAGGGGUGGACGAUGCCGAGUCUGAGUGUGGCCUGGACCAGGGAGUAGCCUUCGACUGGGUGAUCACCAACGACGGGGAUGAGCUGGCCUUGGGCGAGCAGCUGGAGACACUGCUGCAGGCGCUCCACAGAAGCCUGUAGCUCCAUGUCCCUCCACUGAGGCUUGGGGACCACAUCCCCCCUCCCCAGCCCCCCAGCAUCCCCCCCUCCACCUUUUGCCAGCACUUCCUGUUCUGGAAUAAAGCUCCGAUAUGGAGAACCACUGCCACGCU